AAUCUCAUCAAAUGCAAAAACACUACUGAAGCAUUCGCCGGCUAAAACCCUUGAGUUCCAAAACCCUGAAGAAAUGCUCCGGUCAAUACUCCGGUCAGCCGCUACGGCGGCGAAAUCCCAUCCCACCACCGGAGACAUCCGUAUACCGGCAGCAAUCUCAGCAUAUUCUAAGGUCUCUUCUUCCAGAACCUUCGCGACAAGCACACACCCGAAGAAACCCAACUUCAGACCGGAUAUAAAACACGAAAAUGCUGCAGCAGGUGCCAAAGCUGCUGAAACGCUCAAUAAGGAUCUUCGUGCACGCGCUCUCAAAGAAGACGAGAAGGAUAAAUCACUGGAUAUAGGUCCAGAUGGUCGUCCACUAUUCACUUCCGCAGCUUCUAUUUCUGAGCUUACCAAAAAAGAUACAUGUACUUACAUGAAAUUCAGGAGGGAAGAGCUGGAUAGAGUUUUGCCGGAGGGUUUACCAGUGGGGAUGCUUAAGGAAUUUGGUGACUCUAUGAGAGAUGCAUUGCUAAUACGCCAGAGUUUUCUGGAUCUUCGAGAUAAUUUUAGAAUGGUUGUUGAUCCUACUUCGCAAUCUAAUACUAAAGGUCUCAAAGCUCGAAAGCAAGUUGUAUUAGAUGGGCCUGUGAGUUCUGGUAAGAGUAUUGCCCUUGCAAUGCUUGUUAAUUGGGCACGUGAUGAAGGUUGGCUAGUUCUUUAUGUUCCUAAAGGCCGAGAAUGGACUCAUGGAGGCUUUUUCUAUAAAAAUCCUAAAACAGGAUUAUGGGAUACUCCUGUGCAAGCAGCAAAUGUUCUCCAGGAUUUCUUGAAGUAUAAUAAGGAUCACCUCCAAAAAGUACCCUGCAAAAUUUUUGAACCUAUUCCAUUGGGAGAGGGAGCUGGUGUUGGAUGGAUGAAGGGUGCUGAUGUGGUACAAAUACCAGAAGAUUAUACUCUUCUUGACCUGGUUCAGGUCGGGCUUAAUUCGACUCACGCAGCUGUUGGGGUGCUAGUUCGUUUGAGGGAAGAAUUAUCCCUUGUCAAGGACGUGCCUGUUCUUAUUGUCGUUGAUCAAUACAACAGUUGGUUCACAUUCAGCGAGUAUGAGGAGCCAGUAACUGUUCGUUCUUGCCGACCUAUUCAUGCUAGAGAACUUGCAACUGUGAAUGCAUUUAGGUCCAUGAUUCAUGACAAUAUGAUGGUGGGUGCUUUCUCGCAUUCAACUGCUGUAGGGAAGCUGCGUAAAGACUUGCCAGAUGUUCCUGCAGAUGCUCGCGUCAAUUUCCCACGUUAUAGUGUGGAUGAAGCUGCAUCAGUUUGUCAUUACUACCUGAGACAACGACUCAUUCAGCGUGAGGCAUUUACAGAACAAAGCUGGAAGAAAAUCUAUUAUCUUUCAAAUGGAAAUGGCGCAGAAAUGAGAUGGCUGGUUCCUUUCAUGAGAUGAACCACAAAGAAUCGAUCUUCAACAGAUAACUUUGAGAUUUUAACCUGUAUUGCAUCUGUUAGUGCUCUGUGAAUCCGGUCAUUCUCAGCAACAAAUAAUCUGGCUGCUUUCUUGACCAACUCUCUAAGUGAGGUUUACUUCUUGAAAUUUUGCUCUGUACUCUAGGCUAGCUUAGGCGUAUACUGCCUGUGUUUGUAUGCUUUGAUAUCCAGAACGUAACCGCAGAUUCAUAUAUACAUCAUUACACUGGGCUAUUGUUCUUUCCAGUUUCUUUUGCUUGUUUUUCUGACCUGGUGUAUUUAUUCAAUAAUGUUGUAAUUGCGCAAUACAUUAAACCUUUCGAAUUUUUAGGCUUUAUCCUUA